UUAAGCUUAUUAUUUCUUAGCUAGAGAGAGAGAGAGAGAGAGAGAGAGAGAGAGAGAGAGAGAGAGAGAGAUGAGUACCGGAGAAUCAAAGACUGUAUGUGUAACAGGAGCUUCCGGUUACGUAGCAUCAUGGCUGGUGAAGCUCUUACUGCAAAAGGGUUAUACCGUCAAAGCCACUGUUCGCGAUCCAAAUGAUGCAAAGAAAACAGAACACUUGCUCUCAUUAGAUGGAGCAAAGGAGAGGCUUCAUUUGUUCAAAGCGGAUUUAUUAGAGAAAGGAUCAUUUGACGCCGUAAUUGAUGGAUGUGUAGGCGUUUUUCAUACAGCAUCGCCUGCACAAUUUUCAGUCACUGACCCACAGGUAGAAAUAAUUGAGCCUGCAGUGAAGGGAACACUUAAUGUUCUAAAUUCAUGCGCAAAAUUCCCCGCUGUCAAGAGGGUGGUUAUAACAUCCUCUCUGGCUUCAGUAGGGUUGAGUGGAAAACCUCUGACCUCUGAUGUGGUUAUGGAUGAAACAUGGUACUCGGAUCCACAUUUUUGCGAGACGACCAAGCAAUGGUAUCCUCUCUCAAAAACUUUAGCUGAGGAGGCCGCCUGGAAAUUUGCCAAAGGAAAUGGUAUUGACUUGGUAACAAUACAUCCAGGGAAUGCGAUUGGUCCACCCUUACAGCCAACCCUUAAUCUCUCCGUCGAGUUUCUUCUGAAUUUAAUGAGUGGUAUCGAAACACCUUUUAUAAACUAUACAUUUGUGGAUGUUAGAGAUGUUGCCUUUGCUCAUAUUCAAGCAUUUGAAGUUCCUUCAGCUAGUGGUAGAUAUUGUUUAGUUGCACAAGUUGCUGAUGGUCCCGAUACUCUAAAGAUUUUACGAGAGCUUUACCCCACAUUGACCCUUCCUGAGCCUGGCAAUCCUUCUGGCUCCAAGUUUCAAGUGUCCAAGGAGAAGGCAAAAUGUUUGGGAAUCACUUUCCUUCCUCUGGAAACAAGUCUCAAGGACACUGUUGAAAGCCUCAUGGAGAAGGGCUUCCUCAAGUUUUGAAUUCUGCAACCUGCAGCAACUUGUUAAUUUAGUGCACGAGGCUAUUGAAUAAGUGGGAAAUUAAGUUUGUUACAUGCUUAAGUAUUCCAAAGAGAUGCUGGACAUUAUAUUUCCAGUUAAAUCUUUUAAUGUAAUCUGCAGAGAGCCUCAGAAGUGUCUUAAGAACAUGCUUAGAAGUUGCUUUUGGAUCUUUCAUAUAUGGCUCAUGUGUAAUAUGUAAUGUUUCAAAAUAACUCUAAGUAAAAAAGUUCCAAGUAGAAAUUGUUUUA